GAAGUCAGGCUCACCCCUAUAGGGAUGAGCUGGAGGCACCACUAGGCCAUGAGGCCUUUGGAAAUUUUUAUUAUUUGCUAACAUCUGUAUUUGUCUCAUUUAGUUCUAUAUGAAAAAUUAUGUGUCCUUGGGUAGAACAAAGAAAAUCACCCUUGCAGCAUGCAACAUAUGAAUAUCUGAGAGGAAAGAUAUUGGAUGUAUUUCCAGACCAUCGGAAGGAAGCAGAGGAUCAUCUCUCGAAAGCUGUAAGUGAGAAGAAAUUGUGAGUUUCAACAAUGCCAUGUCUUGUAGUGCUCCAGUUGAGUUUUUUUUCAAACUUGGCUGUUCCAUGUUCCAGGUUAAGUUGAAUCCAGCACUUGCACAGAAAGGAAAAAGAGAGCUAUUAAUGGGAUAAAUUGGAUAGAAAUUUCUAUUUUUUAAGUGUACAAGUCAGAAGAGAAACCUUAUUUUUAUAAUUACCCCUUUUGUAGGAACUGAGAAUGAGGCAGAACUUGUCGAGGAAAGCAUUCAACAUGCUAAGGAAGCUAUUACUUUGGAUGUCAAGGAUGGGAAUUCUUGGUACAACCUUGGAAAUGCAUGCCUUACAAGCUUCUUUGUGACUGGAGCUUGGGAUCACAGCAAACUUCAGCAGUCUUCAAAAGCAUACCAAAAUGCUGAGAAAGAUGAUAGAAUGAAGUCCAAUCCAGAUCUCUAUUUUAACUGUGCUGCUGUAAACAAAUAUAUAGAGAACUAUGAGAGUGCCCUAAGUGGAUUCAAAGCUGCUGCUUUAAAGGAUCCUGGUCCCAACGCUACAGUGGAGGUUCAAAAGAUGGUUAAUCUUCUUGACAAGUUGGAGAAUAUGUUCAGGGGACAUGCUAGAUCUAAACGACUUGCAUCUUUAUCAUCAUCACUGGCUGCUGUUAAUUUGAAUUCCUUAUACAAAAGAGCCACUACAGAUCUUCUGUUAGAUGGUCUGAACAAAGCAGUAGCUGUAGUUGGAAAAGUUCUGUUCUUCAUUAAGCAUGAUAAUGUUGCUCCCCUAUACUAUCUGUUAUGUGAUUCAAAUCAAAUAUGCUUCAUUCUAUCAGUAUAUGGUAUUCACAGUGACACGAUCAAAGAAGGAGAUCAGCCAACUUUAUUGGAACCUUAUUACCGUCAUUUUGAUUUUCCUUGGAAGGAAAAGCACUACCAGUUCAAGUCAAUUCGUAUAGAUUUCUUGGAACAAGUUCUUGUUAAUGGGAAAGCUCUUUCUUCUCACCAAGCUGUCCGUACAUCAAUCUAUGCACGGCAUAAACCUUGAGAAGUUGAAUCAUGUAACUUGUGGGUAUCAUGCUGGUGUUUUUUUUUUGGUCAGUCCUGAUUUAUUUUGUGUUGUAUCAUUUGUAAAUAGUAUAGGGAUAAAAUAUUUAAAGAAAAAUAUGAGAUAAUUUUUUGUCCAAGUCAAAUGGACAACAGAAAACAGUGCAUUGCUGCAUUGUGUUGGGAGUUGCACAUAGAUGAAUAUUGUUCAUGGUUACUAGUUGGUGUUCUUUCAAAUGCUUGAGUGGUUUCUGUGGAAAGCCUCUGAUUUUGUAUUUGCCGAGUAUUCAUUUAAAAAUUUCAUGACA